UCUGUGGUAUAUGGAGAGACCACUUUCUAUUGUAAGUGUUUCAGAGACUGGCAAGGGUUCUCUCAUUUGAAGUGGGGGCGGACUGACAACUCAUGGGGCCCCCGGGCAAUAGGGGAUCAUGGGGCCCCUGUGUCCUUGCCCAAACUCAAAAAAGCUUAUGAAAAAGGUACCAGAAGCAUCUCAUGGGGCCCCCUACUGACCCCGGGCCCUCGGGCAGUGCUCGAGUUUCCAAAUGGUCAGUCGCCCCUG